CGUGAUUUCUGGUGUGAGUGUCUGUGGUCAAAAUGUCAAAUCAAAAAUCAUUGUUCACAAUUGUUCAUUUAAUUUCAUUGCUGUAUUGAAGAUUUUUUCCAUUUUGCUAUUUAUCUGGUACCUUUAUCAUCAGAUAAAACGUGGAUAAAUUUAGCAUCUAUAGAGUGUUUAACUGACACUUAACAUGCUUAUGGAGUUACCUGAUGAUAUCGAACAGGACGACAGCGGCAUGGAGUCUCUGACUGCGAGCAAAGACGAUACGCCAGAGCGUAGACCCGAGGAUAUGUUCAUCACACCCGUAGUUGGGUCAUCACCAAGUAGUGGUACUCCGCCUAUUUUAGCUCUCAAAGAAUUUGAUGAUGAGCCAGAUGAAACUCUAUCAGAAAGAUUAUGGGGAUUAACAGAAAUGUUUCCUGAAUGUGUCCGUAGUGGCACUUACACAGUCACCACUAAAACAUGGGGAGGCGUGAAAGGGUUGUACCAGCUGUCUCGCACUGUUGUGUGGAUAAUAGCAAGCUCGUCAGUAAUUUUGUUUGCACCUGUCAUAUUUGAGGUGGAGAGAGCACAGGUUGAAGAGAUGCAGAAGUCUCAACAAAAGCAGGUGCUGCUUGGAACAAACACUGCUAUGUCAGGCCCCACACCUGGCCUGCCUCCGAUGCCACGAUAACUAUAAUAAACCAAAUAACUUUUAUCUUAUAGAAACAACCCAUUUAUUGUGUAAUCUGAGUGAGCAUAUGAACUUCAAAUGUUAGCCUGAAUGCUUUAAUAUUAGUUUAGGUAAUAACAAUAACUAAUGUCUAUUGGCAUCUGAACUAAAAGAUUGUUUAUCUGCAUUUCCAAUUUAUAUUCCUAAAAAUUAUUUCUACAAUUCAUUUAUCAUUUUCAACUUUUACUCAUUUCUUUUUACAUAGGCAAAAUAUGCAAUUACUGAUUUAGUAGCAAAUUGUGUUUGACAAUGAAAUUGAACAUUGUAUUAGUUUAGAUGGCAAUUGGAUUAGUAUAAUAUUAUAUUAUUUGAAGAGUGUAGAUAUUGUUUUGUUUAUCAUCUCAUAGAAAAAUAAAAAUCAUUGAAAGUU